CAUCUUGUUAGAAGGGUAUCCCGACCACCAAGACAAGCUAGGUGUUAUCAUUAACAUCAGCUACAUAGUUGAAGUACUAUACUGUCGCUUCAUUUAGAAGCGAUUAAACGUAUAAGAUGUCGGCAAGCGCUGUCUACGUCUUGGAUCUGAAAGGCAAGGUCCUGAUCUGUCGUAAUUACCGCGGCGAUGUGGACAUGUCAGAGAUAGAGCACUUUAUGACUUUGCUAAUGGACAAAGAGGAGGAGGGGACACUCUCACCCAUCCUGGCCCACGGAGGAGUACGCUUCAUGUGGAUCAAGCAUAAUAACCUCUACCUUGUUGCCACAUCUAAGAAAAAUGCCUGCGUCUCCUUGGUGUUUUCCUUCCUUUACAAAAUCGUUCAGGUGUUCUCGGAGUACUUUAAGGAGCUGGAAGAAGAAAGUAUCAGAGAUAACUUUGUCAUUAUCUAUGAACUAAUGGAUGAACUGAUGGACUUUGGCUAUCCCCAAACCACAGACAGCAAGAUCCUGCAGGAAUACAUCACGCAGGAGGGGCACAAACUGGACACAGGGGCACCACGUCCCCCUGCUACGGUCACUAAUGCGGUGUCUUGGAGGUCAGAGGGCAUCAAGUACAGGAAGAACGAGGUCUUCCUGGACGUCAUUGAGUCGGUCAACCUUCUGGUCAGUGCCAAUGGUAACGUUUUGCGCAGCGAGAUAGUCGGUUCCAUAAAAAUGCGAGUGUUUCUGUCCGGAAUGCCAGAGCUGCGUCUGGGCCUGAAUGAUAAAGUUCUGUUUGAGAACACUGGCAUUGUUCCAUUCCUGUCUCUGUUCUCCUCAGGGGGGAAGAGCAAGUCUGUGGAGCUGGAGGACGUGAAGUUUCAUCAGUGUGUCCGUCUCUCACGCUUUGAGAACGAUCGCACCAUCUCCUUCAUCCCCCCAGACGGCGAGUUUGAGCUCAUGUCCUACCGCCUCAACACACACGUGAAGCCACUGAUCUGGAUUGAGUCUGUAAUUGAGAAACAUUCUCACAGCAGAAUUGAGUACAUGAUAAAGGCAAAGAGCCAGUUCAAAAGACGCUCCACCGCCAACAACGUGGAGAUCCACAUUCCUGUGCCCACCGACGCUGACUCGCCAAAGUUUAAGACCACUGUGGGCAGUGUUAAAUGGGUCCCAGAGAACAGUGAGAUUGUCUGGUCCAUUAAGUCUUUCCCCGGAGGUAAGGAGUAUCUGAUGCGUGCUCACUUUGGCUUGCCCAGUGUGGAAGCCGAGGAUAAAGAGGGGAAACCACCAAUCAGUGUCAAGUUUGAGAUUCCAUAUUUCACCACCUCUGGGAUACAGGUACGAUACCUCAAGAUCAUUGAGAAGAGUGGAUAUCAAGCGUUGCCAUGGGUACGGUACAUCACUCAGAACGGAGACUAUCAACUCCGGACCCAGUAACAGUGUUACAGCAGUUUGCCAUUAGAGGCAGUGUCUCUAAAUGGCCCUGCACCACACCUCAGACCUGGUCUAAACACACUUCUAACCUAUCUGAGUGGAAGGAUAAACUAGUCUAAAUCUCCACCGCCUCUUAAGGUUUUGUUCACAGAAUUUCAACAUCACGGUGAAUUUACCUCUUAUUGAAACUGGAUACAAAGUUCACUCUCAGUGUUUGAUUCCUGCGUGAUGUGUAAGCAGGCAGUUGUCCUUUGUACAGGAGUGAGCUGCUUUUUAAGAAGAGUUUACCGGAAAAAAAAAAAUGUUCCUGAUUUUAGCUUCUUACCCUGCCAGUACAGCGGUGGUGAAAUACUGUGAAUGAAACCUGUAAGAUGUAGUGGGGAAAAGUCCCUCAUCUUUUGGAAAUGUAUGUUUUUUUUCUCAGGUCUGAUGUGUGUUUGUGCUGUCAUGGACCACCAGUGUCUUCACGUGUGUGAGACUCUAUAAGAGAGAUUGUGUUCAUUUGUUUUUUCAGUCAAUGCAAAACGGGGCAGAUCCCCACAAUAAUCUUAUUUUCAAAACCUUGCAAUCCUUAACCAGCCCUAGGCCUCAUACAACAAUUUCAAAUAUCUCAGCCGUGUUUCGUUACAGUUUUCAUUUCAUUUCACUGUUUCCAGGGUGUUCUGGCCUCUUGUUUUUAGCCACUAUUUGUUUACGUAACCAGCCUGUGAAUACUGUCAGAUGUUUGGCCACUGGGGAAAAGAAAAUUCUUAGUAACAAUUAUUCACACACACAACA